UGACCUCGUCCCGUAUGAAUACUUUGUAAUUGCUGUCUAUAGUCUUGCGUCCCAGCAGGUGAGAUAGCCGGUAACCCUAACCCGAAGGCGGACAUGCAGAGUCGGCUGCACCAUGUGACGUCUAAUAAACCGCAUGGGUCGACGCUGCAGCACUUUGAUUCAUCACGCCAAAGUCGAUUCAACCCCGACGUAAUCAGAAACGAUGUCGACGCAAGGUUUUGACCCUAACCAAGCUCAAAAUCUCCUCGAAGUACGUUGUUCCGAGCUUUCUUAUCAACUCAGGACUCCCUGACGUUCGAAACACCCCCCGUGGUCUCGCCAUGAAGAUCGAAAAACAAUUCGCUGUGAAGGCUGUCGAACAUGCCCAGACCUACUGGAACAUCCUCGAGAAAGUCCCUCCCCGCGGAUUAAGGCUAACGAAAUUAGACGAUGAAAUCUACGAGCACGUGAUGUCUGCCUUCCCUGAACUGAGCGGGAAUGAUCAUGAGAAACUGGUCAAACUGGACGAGGACUGGCUCAAGAGUGAGGAUGGGAAAAAGAGAUGGCGGGCGUUUGUCAACGCGUAUGAGAAAAAAGUAAAAGAUUUCAACUUUGGUUCUCUCAUUCGCACGGACGCCAAGCUGGAGUAUUCGGAAACCAACACCAUCUUCGGUUAGUUUUCUUCUAAUCUAACGCGUUCGAUCCGUAUCCCCGCUGAUCUUUUUACGUGUUUUAUCUUGUUGUUAUCAGUGACUCGAAUGCAGUUCUACGCGAUCGAGGUGCGUGGUUUUUCCCCGUCGUUAAAUGGACAUAACAUGAGGAUGUUGAUUCACCACAGAUUUCUCGCAAUAGACUGGGCCUUAAUGAUACGAUACACGAGAUUGCCAAAGCCGACGCAGAGAAGGAGAAGCUGAAAAAAGCCGCUCUGGCAUCCGCUAAAUCGUAACCUUAUUCUUCUAGGAGAUGAGAGGGGGGCGUCUUGCUCGUAUUUACAUAUUAUCAUAUCAGCGACGAGGCACCUCGCCACUGCUCUAUCGCAGUGACACAUUUCAGUUCGUAUAUAUGUUCAUCUGUCCGAGCCAGGCUGGAGGUGUGAGACUGGACGGAGGAAGGGUGUCCCCAUUGAUCUGAGAUUGACAUCCUGUGCG